UGAAGAAGGAAUUGUUUCAUAGCCGGGUCACUGUAAUCAAUAUGUCAAAGAAGAGAGGUUUGAGUGCUGAAGAGAAGAAGAUAAGAAUGCUGGAGAUAUUUCAUAAUAGUAAAGAUUUCUUCCAGUUGAAGGAAUUGGAGAAGAUAGCUCCAAAGGAGAAAGGCAUUACAAUGCAGUCAGUGAAAGAAGUAGUACAAAAUUUAGUUGAUGAUCAUCUUGUAGAUUCGGAGAAGAUAGGAACAUCCAUAUAUUUUUGGUCAUUUCCUAGUAAAGCAAAAAACGCAAAGAAAAGAAAACUGCAUGAUUUGCAAAAUGAAGUUCAGGAGUGCUCGAAGAAAUUGAAAAAGGCUGAAGAUUUGAUCGGACAAGAAUCUAUUGGAAGAGAGCAAUGUCAGGAAAGAACUGAAGUGCUAGCUACAUUAGAAUGUCUUGAGAAACAUGAAGAGAAACUUAAGAGAGAGCUGCAGAAGUACCGUGACUCCGAUCCUGAAUACAUUGCUCAGUUGAAGACAGAGAUCCAGGAUCUUAAAGCAGCCGCAAAUAGAUGGACAGAAAACAUUUAUAUACUGAAGUCUUACAUAAAAAACGCAUUUCAAAUGGAGAAUGAUGUAAUCGAACAGAGUUUCAAUAUUCCAGCGGAUUUGGAUUACAUUGAAAUAUAAUUUUUUUUAGGCA